UAGAUGGACAUCUGAAUAUUUAGACAGUGAUAGAAAGGUAGAGAGAGCGACUCAUCGGAUUCCAUCGCUGGGGAAACAUCUGACACAACCCAUCACCAUGACGACGGUAAUCUGCACCCGCUUCACAGAAGAGUUCCAGAUGUUUGAGGAACUGGGGAAAGGGGCGUUCUCGAUCGUCCGCCGCUGCGUGAAGGUGCUGUCAGGCCAGGAGUACGCUGCCAAAAUCAUCAACACCAAGAAACUCACCAGUAGAGACCACCAGAAGUUGGACCGAGAGGCUCGAAUUUGUCGCUUACUGAAACACCCAAACAUUGUCCGUCUACAUGACAGUAUCUCAGAGGAAGGACACCAUUAUCUGAUAUUUGACCUUGUAACUGGUGGAGAGUUAUUUGAAGAUAUCGUAGCGAGAGAAUACUACAGUGAAGCCGAUGCCAGCCACUGUAUCCAGCAGAUAUUGGAGGCGGUGCUUCACUGUCACCAGAGUGGUGUGGUUCACCGUGACCUCAAGCCGGAGAAUCUGCUGCUGGCCUCCAAGUCAAAGGGGGCCGCAGUGAAGCUGGCUGACUUCGGCCUGGCCAUCGAGGUGGAGGGGGAGCAGCAGGCGUGGUUUGGCUUUGCUGGGACCCCUGGGUAUCUUUCACCUGAGGUUUUGAGGAAGGAUCCUUACGGCAAAGCAGUCGACCUCUGGGCCUGUGGUGUGAUUCUAUACAUCUUGUUGGUGGGGUACCCACCCUUCUGGGAUGAAGAUCAACAUCGACUCUACCAGCAGAUCAAGGCUGGAGCAUACGAUUUCCCCUCGCCGGAGUGGGACACGGUGACUCCAGAGGCCAAAGAUCUCAUCAACAAGAUGCUGACGAUCAACCCAGGAAAGCGCAUUACUGCCGCAGAAGCCCUGAAGCAUCCCUGGAUCUCACACCGCUCUACGGUGGCUUCCUGCAUGCACCGACAAGAGACUGUGGAGUGUUUGAAGAAAUUCAACGCCAGGAGAAAGCUCAAGGGAGCCAUACUAACCACCAUGUUGGCCACCAGGAAUUUCUCAGGAGGGAAGAGUGGGGCCAACAAGAAGACUGACGGCGUCAAGGAAUCAUCAGAAAGCACCAACACAACCAUAGAAGAUGAAGACACACGAGUGAGGAAACAAGAUAUAAUCAAAGUGACUGAACAGCUCAUCGAGGCAAUAAGCAACGGAGACUUUGAGGGCUACACGAAAAUGUGUGAUCCAGCGGUGACCGCGUUUGAGCCUGAAGCGCUGGGGAACCUGGUGGAAGGUCUAGACUUCCAUCGCUUCUACUUUGAGAACCUGUGGUCUAGGAACAGUAAGCCGGUCCACACCACUAUCCUCAACCCCCACAUCCACCUGCUGGGGGAGGAGGCGGCCUGCAUCGCCUACAUCAGGGUCACUCAGUACAUCGACCCCAACGGAACCCCCAGGACCGCCCAAUCAGAGGAGAGCAGGGUGUGGCAUCGUAGGGACGGGAAGUGGCAGAUCGUCCAUUUUCACCGCUCAGGGUCGGCCUCCACGCUCAGCAAUUAGCUGAUCUUCACAAGGAGCUUCGACGGAUCUGACCGAGACUGACAGCAUGUUGAUGAAGCCAGUUGUCUUUGGGAAGAAGUACCAAAACUAACCAAUCAAAUGAUGAGGCUGCCCCUCUCCACCUGCUCUGCGGCCUCUGGUUGGACGGUUGUUGGGAGUUAGCUUCAGUAUUGACCAAUCAAUCAUGCCAGUACAAGACAGAAGAUUACACCAUCUGUACAACAAAUGUGUCACCUGUAGACCACAACAUACUACACAUGUAGACCGCAACAUAGUAGACAUGUUCACCACAGAAUGUUACACAUGUGCACCACAGAAUAUAAAGGUUUGGAAAAGGUUCAUUUUACGGUAAAUGUGUUUACCGUCAGGUUUGUUCCAGAGUAAUCAAACUUCUAAUGGCUGCUUUCAUUUAGUCCUUCCUCUCACUGUUCUUCCACUCAUCCUAGGUCUUCCCAUUUUAUCAACACCUUCAAACCAAGCAGUACUAGGCACCACUCUCCCAAGUACAACUACUACUACUUCUACUACUGAGUACCACUAGGGCACCCCUCUACCAAGUACUACUGCAAAGUCUACUGAUCUAUCUAGCUAUCAAUCUAGAACUUGACCUAUCACUCGAGUUAUCUAUCUAUCUAUCUAUCU